AUGGUGAAAGACAGCGGUGCACCGGCGAAAGAUGGGCCAAAUCCAACCUGCAUGCGGUUAGAGCUUGAGGGGAGCUCAGACCUGGUGAAAUUGGCGAAACUCAUGAGGCAGAACAAGUCUGUUACCGACGUAGACGUUUGUGUCCAUCACACUUUUACACAGACACCAAGAUUAGACACAUUGUCUUUCUUGGAGAGAAUUGGCUAUUCGUUGAAACGUCUGAGGAAGCUAGAGUUUUAUCCAGGCACUGGAAACUACAAUGUUGUCCCGAUCACCACAUUGGGUGCAGCCUUGAGGCUUGCCACCAAACUCGAGGUUCUCUAUGUGUACCACUUGGAACUGAGUGGUGAUAAUCAAGACUUCAGAAUGUUUGCAAAGAAUCUUCAAAGAUGUCAAUCCUUAAAAGAAGUGUGCUUCAUUGACUGUCAGAUAUCUUCGUCUGAUACCGAGCAGCCAACAAAUCCUCAAGAGAAUACUUAUCUGUUCGACCCCAUUGCACAUGUACUGGGUAGCCUACCAUCGCUUCAGGUUGCAGCCAUAUGGGCCAAUGAUCUAGGUCAAUUAACUCCACAGUCACUGGAAAAGAUCUGCGGGUCAUCGUCCAUUGAAAGGUUGAUGAUUCUAGGUUUCGAAGUCGACGAUCAACAAGCAUCUGUCAUCUUUCAAGCUUUGGCUAGGAACCAGAGAUUAAGACGGUUGAAUCUCUCCUGCCACUUGGGCGCUCAGGCUUGUAGACGCCUCUCCCAAAUGUUGCAAAAUAACACAACACUUGAAAAGAUAAAGCUUGACGUUGAGAACACGGUGAAAAGCCGCAAGGAUAUGGUGGAGAUUGCAGGAGGCCUUGCCUUGAACCCAACACUCAACUACUUUCGGCUUGCUGGUCAAUGUAGUAUUGGUCGGAAAGAGGUGGUGGAAAAGGCGUUUGAGUCUGCCCUGGAACGAAAUCUUUCCUUGACAGCAUUUACCCUUUUGGACAGCGGCAUCCAUACGCCCAAGAUGGAGUUUUUCCUCAAGCUGAAUCGAAGCGACAGACGCUCUCUUCAGCAACGCGAGUCGAUGGAGAGGGGGCCGUGGAUCAAGGCGCUGGCAGCGUCUGGGGGCGAUAUUGAUUGCAUCUUUUACUUCCUGUCAGCUAAUCCAUCCCUCUUCAUGCUAUGA